AUGAAUAUACUACAUGCAGAGUCAGAGGGUCGGUUUGAGAUAAUUGCCGCACACGCUGCAGGUCUCACUACCAUUCUUAAAUCUCUCCAUAGUGAACUCAGUCGGCUUCUGAUGCUUACUAAUGUAGAGUUGAGGAUAUCGCAUGAACAUCUCGCUGAUGCCCGUCGCACGAUUCGUGCACUUCGCACAUCCACAGCGAACAGUAAUAACAAUAGUAACAAAAAAGAAAUAUCUCAAGAAAGAUUUCCAGAUGAGGCGAGAGUUCGAGAAGAAUUACGCCAACAGCGUGAGGAGAAUAAACGACUGUUAUUGGCAAUGAAAACACAAUUGCCAUUUGAUAAGAGUGUUGUAUUGGCGUUAGCAGAUUCUUAUGAAAAUGAGUUGGAACGAUUACGACGACAAAUUGGAAUGAUGAGAGAGAAUUAUAUCGAUAAUCAAAUAUCAGAUGCUUGGCUAAAGAAUGAAUUAGGUCAUAUGAAAAAAUCAGUUUCACCUUCAAAACAUACAGAUGUGAAAUUAAAUACUACAACUACUAAUGCUACUACUAAUAUUGAUGAGAAUAAUGAUUGUAUAGAUGUAUAUAAUACUUCACGACCAUCUUUUUAUCCCUUUAGAGGACGUUCUUCUAUGGAUCGAAACUCUAAAAGUGUUAGUUGUCCACGUAUUGACACAAGUCAUAGUCUUGAAAAAGAGAAAGUUAUCUGGCAAGAUUAUGUUUCUUUAAAGGUGACUCGCCAUUGGAGUAGAUUGUACUGUGUCCUUAGUCAAUCCGGAACUUUAUUAUUUUUUGAUAAUGCUGAUGAUGUCUCUCAGAGUCGCCAUAUUAUUUUUUUACAUUCAGUUAAACGUAUUAGACCAGUAUCGUCUCCUCCACAGUUAUUUGCAGUACAACUUGAGUAUAAUAAAGAAGCGGGAGGUUAUCAUGUUGAAAUUGCGUUUGCGGGAAAAACUGAACGCUCGCUAUGGAUGGUUUUACUACACAGUCAAUUGAAUUUGCGUGUGGAUAAUAAUCAUUAA